CUGCACAGUAGCCGCCGGGCCACCAAACGCGCGCGAGCCGAUGAGGAGGCGGGGAGGAGGCGCUCGGCGGUCUGGGGGAUCAGGAGGCGCUGCCGCGUCGGCAACUUCGUCCCCUCUUCACCCGCGCCGGGGACUCAUCUGAAGAGAACGCGGAGGCAGCGAGGCGGGUUCAGGCUGUCAUGGGAUUCAAGAUUAUAAAUGGUACAGCAAAGUUUGCUUUUGGCAAGGCAGAGAAUCACACAUUAUGGAUGAAUACAGACAUUUAUAAUGUUCGUCAACGUGGAUCACAACCCCAAGGAUGACCAGCCAUCUUCAAGUGUCAACAUAUAGGCCUUUACUGACGAACUGACAAGGGAGCCAUAGGUGUCCGGCACAUUUGCUAGCUGCGUUCAUGAUGACGUAUGUUAGACGUCAUUAUACAGAACUAGGUGAUGUAUGAAUCAUUUGUAUCUGCGGCGUUACCUUUAUACCUGAGAUACCCUGCUUUUUUUCGUGUACAGCCAGGAGCUCCACUUUGGCAGUCUGCCUCUUCUACUCCCGAAAUUAGCCGGCAGGCAAUGCGCGUUGCAUUCUGCCAGCUGGAGCCCUUAUCCAAUCGACGCAGGUACUAAACUCACAAGUGAUGGAAUGUGUAAUCAAGAUCAUGCAUAUCUUGUUGGAUGAAGAUGAUUUGCUACAACCAGUAAGCUAUGGAAUCUGUAAGCAAGACCAUACAAUAUUGCUGGCUCCCCUUCCAUAGAUAUAAAGAAGCUAACAAAGCCAUUGAUGAUUCUGCUAAUUUAAACAAUGUUGGCAACAGGAGUAGAUCUCUAGAUGAUGACUGUGCAGCUUUCUACUUACCACUUAGGACUCGCCUAUUUAGGUCUGAUUUACUACUCUUUUUUUUGAACGACGCUUCCGAGACAGCGCAGCCUUCUAGGAGGUCAGGGGUGUGCGACGGGGGGCUCGAACCCUGCCGGUUCGCCUCCUCCCUUGGAAUCUUACCACCGGGCUCCAUACUUGAUUUACUACUCCUAGAGCUGCUGCUUCUGCUCUGCAUGGUUGCCAUCUAUCUUGAUGUGUUGGUGUGAUGACUUGCCAUUGCUGUAUCCGUCCAUCACGGACCACUAGCUCUUGUGGGUUCAGGUAGCUUUCUAUUGACAUCUUGCAGCUGCUCUUUUUAGCUGGCCUGAACUGUCCGCCGUCCCAGUUCCCUGGCUCCAGGUACAACCGCUGCUCACUCUGCGUGCUAACAAGGUGCGUACUACCUCUCCUUCUGUUUUCCCUUUCACUUUAUCUACUUGUGAGGGUGCAGGGUUUGUUCGAGUCCUUGUGCUGCUUUCUAACCCCAUUGCGGCAAGCAUCCCGAUAUGUGUAGUGUAGCCUGGUGAUGACACGGCAACAGCUUCCUAAAAUAUGAGCUUGCUAGGUUUGCAAGCAAGCCGCGCUUAUGGACGCUAGUGCAGAUUUGGUGCUAAAACAUAAAGGGCUGCUGUAGAGACUUAAUCAUGUAAGGUCACUAGGUUCGGUAAGUGGUUGGUAUUAGACUGCAUGCGUAAGUUAUUUAUUCUCGUCAAGAUUUACACUCGACCCGACGAAAUGCUUUACCCUGUGAGCGAAUCCAAUUACAAACAUGAAAAUUGUUGAGAAUGUUGCAUACUCAAACCCAAAUCUGAUAAUACAAAGAUGGUAAAUGUAAAUAGUAGCAUGUUCAUCUUUAACAGAAGAGAUGUAAAUCAAGUGAAGAACUCAUUUGGAUUUGGGGGAAGGAGAAAUAAGGUGGGAAGAAAGCGCUUCUCCCCAACAGCAACACAACGGUACAAUUGCAGUAGGUGGGGCAAGGAGAAAAAAAGGGUGGGAAGAAAGUGCUUCGGUUACGAACCAAUUAUCAACACCGGUAACUUUUUUUAGCAGUUGCUCAUGUCCCUUUGGAUGAGAUGUCCUUUCGAAAUGGUUGCCUUCUAAAUGGACAUGAACUUAUCUGUUUAUACUGUAUAAAUUCAUAAUUCAAUACAAUAAAAUAUAACAAAUCUCAUUUCUCGAGUUCAUCUCUCUGUCUAUAAUGUCUUUACAUUCUAGUCUACAAUAGCUUCGACGGAUUUCCUUUACUCGCUCAUCAGCCAUCACACUCAAUCAAUCAAAAGCAAGUAAAUUUACUCGCUUGACGCAGGAAAAAAAAAAUCAGAACAUCAUUUCAUUAGCCCACCGGUAGACAAGGAGCAAUCAAGAAAGGAAAAGGAAAAGAAAAGAGAGGUGGAAAGCUGUACCCUAGUGAAUCGUGAUCGGUUAAUCUCCGGUUUUGUUGUUUUUACAUUUGAUUAAUUAAUUCUUCAUUAACUAUCAUUGUUUCUGGACAAAAAUCUUCAUUUAUUACCUCUCUCCUACGCGGAAACAAAAGCUUCCUCCCGAUGCUUUACUAGGGAACAGCGAGACACCGUCGCUACAAUUCUCUUCUUGUUUUUCCCCCUCCUCGCGUUCCCUCCCUAGCACUCGCUUGAUGCUUCCUCAAGCUUUCCAGGUUCUCCAGAUGGUAGCAACGACGUGUCCCGAUUCUCUGGUGUACACCGAGGAUGUCACAGGUUGGGACGGGUGGUAGAUUGGUGGUGGCUUCUUGGCGCUGUCAAUGCUGGUGGAUUUGAGCCCGGGUGGUGGGUGCGCGGAUGGACGCCUGCGAAAUCCGGGCUCCAGAGGCAUUGCUGCUGCAGAAAUCUGAGCUGCCGGCGGAGAAGAAUUAUACAAAUGGCCACAGCGAUACCGCAGUGAGGCGCAAGGUGUCGGUGAUGCCGGCAGCGGCACCUACUACUCCAAGGAGGCACCCGUCGCCGAAUGCCGGUCGGGCGUCGUCCCCAGCGCUGGCUGGGUCACAGGCGAAGAGGUCCCAGUCCACCGAACGGCGGCCGGCAACUCCGUCAAGGCCAUCUCCCGGCGGCUCGCGGCCGACUACCACUUCCAGGAUCUCUGCGCCGACGUCGCCGUCGUCUGCGCCUUCCAGCCCGUCCUCCUCAUCGUCCAGCUCGUCCACGCCGGUGCGUGAUGCCGUUUCGGAGACGCAAAGUGCUCUGAGGAGGUUGUCCGGUGGCCGGGCUCCUGAUGGGUUGUGGCCUUCAAUGCGGAGUCUGUCUUCUUCUUUCCAGCUCGAAUCAAAGGAGAAAAGGAGUAGCAGUAGCUCUUCUGCAGAUCAGGCCAAGACGAGGGAUGCAACAUCAGCUGAUAGGAAGAGGAGCCCGUUGAGAGGGAGGGCUGCCCCCGAGCAAUCGGAGAAUCCGCACGCAAAAGUGAUUGAUCACCAUCGCUGGCCUGCUAUGAUGGGUGGCAGGGUGUCUGCAAGUGCAAUGUCGAAGAGCGUGGAUCUCACUGAUAGGAUCAGUAGGUCUGCUCUACCAUCGGUUCCAUCACGUGGGGUUUCACCGAAGAGAACACCAAUGUCCUCUGCUGCAAAUGCCUUGUCAAGAAGUAUCGACCUUGCUGAUAAAAUCGACCGAUUGGUCUCUUCGUCGGUUUUAUCACGAGGGGGGUCACCAAGAAGAUUACCUGCUUCUAAUGGCACAAAUGAUGUGUCCAAAAGCUUCAGUGUUGGUAAAGAUGUCAAACCUGCACCCUUGGCAAUUCCAUCAAGAAAGGUUUCACCAAUAAGAACAGCUGCAUCAGAUGGUACUAGGGCCCUAUCAGAGAGCAUAGAUCUUACUGAAAAAUAUAACAGUACACUCUCCUCGUCAGUUUCACCAAGUGCAUCAAUAUCUAGUGUGUCUAAUGCUACAUCACAGACUACUACAAAAUCUUCUGAGAGACUUAAUGGACCCAUUUCCACCCCGUCUUCAUCAAGAGGACUUUCACCUGGAAGAACAACUUCUGGUGGCAUUGGUACUAUAUCUAAAAUUUUUGAUUUCCCUGAAAAAGAUAGGAGACCAGCCUCCUCAUCAGCUUCAUCAAGAGGGAUUUCACCAAGAAGGCGACUUGCCUCUGAUGGUGUUAAUGAUAUUGUGAAAAAUAUGGAUUUUGCUGAAAAGGAUAGCAGAGUAGUCAGCUCGUCAAUUCCAUCCCGAGGGGUUUCUCCAAGGAGGAGACUUGCCUCUGAUGGUGUCUAUUCUGUAUCAAGGAUCACUGAUUUUUCUGAGAAGGAUAACAGACCAUCCACCUCAUCAUCUGCAUCGCGUGGGAUUUCUCCACGAAGAAGGCUUGCUUCUGAUAGCAUCAGUGCUGUAUCGAAAGGCAUGGACUUUGCUGGUAAAGCUAACAGAUCAUCAAUCUCUUCAGCUGCAUCACAUGGGAUUUCACAAAGAACUCAAUUAGCAUCUGAUGUUGUUGGCACUAUAUCCAAAAGCAUAGAUAUUGCUGAUAGACAUGACAGACCAUCAACCUCGUCUGCUGCAUUACGAGGUAUGUCACCACAACGUAGACUCGCAUCUGAUGCAAGCAAUGCCAUUUCAGAAAGCAUCAACUUCACCGAAAAGGAUACGACAACUGUAACAUCUUCAGUUGCUCCUAGAGGUGUCUCAACAUUAAGACGACUUGCCUCUGAUGGUGUUGAAACUUUAUCAAAGAGUAUGGAAUUUUCUGAGAAAGGUACCAGACCUACCACCUCGUCAGCUGCAUUGCGAGGGCUUUCACCAAGAAGACGUUUUGCCUCAGAUGGUGUCAAUGUGAUAUCAAAGAGCAUGGAUCUUGCUGAAAGUACCAAACCCGCCACCACUUUAGCUGCAGCACGAGGAGUUUCACCAAGAAGACGACUUGCCUCUGAUGGUGUAGGUUUUGUAUCAAAGAGUACAGAUUUUACUGAAAAAGGUGUUAAACCUUUAACCUUGUCAAUGGCAUCACGAGGGCUUUCGCCAAGAAGACGACUAGCCUCUGAUGGUGCUAAUGCUGUGUUGAAGAGCACAGAUUUUGCUGAUAAAGACUACAGACCAUCUACCUCAUCAGCUGCAUUACGAGGGACUUCACCCAGAGGCAGGGUUGCCUCUAAUGCCAUAUCAAAAAGCAUGAUUUUUGCUGAAAAAGAUGUCAGACCGUCCACCUCAUCAAGUGCAUCGCGUAGGACUAUGCAGAGUGGCAGGCUCAAACCCGAUUGUGUUAAUGCUGUAUCAAAAGACACGGAUAUUACAGAUAAAGAUAGUGCACAACCUAUCUCAUCAGCUGCAUCUGGUUGGACUUCAGACAGUAGACUUGACGGGACUGGUGCUUUAGUAAAAGGCAUAGAUGUUGCUGAGAAAUAUGCUGCGACAAUGCAAGAUGGUGGUGAUGGUGAUGAUCCAGGAAGAAUGGAUUCUACUGACAUAGGUACAGGUGCAGCCUCAUUGUCCAUUGCAUCACAAGAGAGAUCGCCGACCAGACCUGUUUCUGAUGGCAUUAAGAAUACGUCAGAGAAUGCUGAUGCAACUCUAAAAGGUAAUGGAGCAAUAUCGGUGAAGGUUCCAUCUCGAGGAACUUCUCCAAGAAGGCGACUUGCAUCUGAUGGCAUUGAUACUAUAUCUAAAAGCAUGGAUUUUUCUGAGAAAGAUAAGAAACCCUUGACAAAAUCAGUUCCAUCACGUGGAAUGUCACCAAGAACUGCAAGAUCUGAUAGUGCUAAUGUAAUGUCAAAAAGCAUGGAUUUUUCUGAUAAAUGUAACGGGCCGAUAUCUUCAUUAGGUCCUUCACGAGUGGUUUCGACAAGAAAAAUACUGGGACCGGAUGGUGCUAAUGCCAUGUCAAGAAGCAUGGAUCUGACUGAUAAAAUCAGACAGCAUAUCUCUUCAACUGUGCAACCAUCCAGAGCUUCACCAAGGAAAACACCUUUUGCUUAUAACAGAGUAAAAGGCCCCGAACUUUUGUCAGGUGAUGCUGGGAGCCCUGGUUCUGCCGAUGGAAAUGAAAGUCAAGAGGAGAAUGCUGCCUCAAGUUCAGAUGCGCCUUCAAAUAUUUCAGAAAAAAUUGCACCUCCAAAGCGGUUGGCUAGGACAUCGUCGUCACCAUCACGUGGUCUAAUACUCCCUAAAUCGCCAUCCAAUGCUUCAUCAACAUCAUUGUUUGCCUCUAGGAGGUUGCCAAGCCCAUCAAGGACGAGACCUUCAACACCUGUCUCACCAUGUAGUUCUGGUAGAUCUGAUUCUGCCUCUUCUAUUUUUAGCUACAUCGGUGAUGCUACAAGAGGGAAGAAGAGCCCCAGCCACAUGGAAGAUGCCCAUCAGUUGCGCCUCCUAUAUAAUAGGAACUUGCAAUGGCGUUUUACAAAUGCUUAUGUUGAUGAAAUGCUGUCCGUACAGAAGAUGAGUGCUGAGACUAUGCUCUACAGUGUAUGGGAUGCUAACUCAAGUAUGUGUGACUCUAUGGUUAUAAAAAGGGGCUAUGUACAAAAACUAAGGCAAGAGGUCAAAUUGGGAAUCGUGUUGAAGGAGCAAAUGGAUUACUUGGAUCACUGGGCAGCGUUGCAAACAGAGCAUUCUUCUUCUUUAUACAGUGCAACUGAAGCUCUUAGAGCAAGCACAUUGCGUCUUCCAGUUACAGGAGGAGCUAAGGCUGACGUACUUACUGUUAAGAAUGCUGUCAGUUCAGCAGUUGACAUUAUGCAAGCAAUGGGGUCAUCCAUUUGCCAUUUGCUAUCAAAGUUACAGGCUACACACUCUCUGGUUACAGAACUUUCGGCUGUUGCUGCUAAAGAAAGUACCUUGCUUAAUGAGUACAGAGAACUCUUAGCAACAGCAGCAGCACUACAGGUUCAAGAGUCCAGCCUAAGGACACAACUCAUACAACAAACAUAAUGAAUAGCUAAGGUCCUGUAUGUCUAACUAAGAAGGUAGAGGUAACAUCAUUGAUUAGUUUCAGUAACUGUACGGUACAUAUGUGUAUCUUUGAUUUUCUUUUCUCUUCUUUUUUGCCCCUUCUUUCCUUUUCUUUACCUUAUUAGGUAUCCCCACAUUUCUAUUCACCCGUGUCCUUUUCUAUUUGAACAACUUACAUGGAAGAGAAGUGAAGCAACACGAAAUCAUGGAUUAAGGAUUAAUCCAUGACGAGCCUGUCAAUGUUCCCUUUAUAGCAGCUUAAAAACUGAAGGUGUCAGUGUGCCAAAAACUGAAAGCUUCUUGUAAAGUUCAGCAGUUCUAUUUCCUUCGUUGUAAUGCCUUCAGAUCUUCCUUAGAUUCCGUAGAAGUCUAGACUCCAGUAGCAGAUUGUUUUUGCAGGUUCCCAAUCCAAGCAAGGGGACUUCUAACAUAACACUGUAUAGUAGACGAGGUUUCUGAUACUGACUUCAUUGCCAGCACUUGUAAGUACCAUGUCAGGAGAAUACGAUAUAAUCUUCUUCCCUACUUGUAUUC